AUACCCAGGUAAGCAAGCGUAUGAAGAAGAGACAAUAUGAAUGCAGACUGACAAGUUAGGUAGGAAGCUACAUGGCUAGGGAAAUAAAAACACCUGGCUGUUUCCUGGCAACAUGUGAGCGGUCAGUACAGGAGGGGCACUGAUCUGCACUUAUCACAUGAGCCUUGUGCCUGUCACUUUCCUGUGUAAGGGGUAGAGUCUGUGGACUGAGGAUUUCCUUCUCAGGGUAUCUGAAGCUGCAGUGGAAAACAAUACAAAGACUUAUAACUGCUUACAGUAGAAAUCUUGUACAGACUGCAGAAAGCAGCUUCAUCAUGUUGGCACUAACGGAAUACUUCAGCUCUCAGGAAAACCUUUACAGUAAUCAGAUUCAGUUUUUGUAUUAAUAAGGGAAUACAUUACAUAUAUAUUUUUUUUAAAUAUUGUGGCUCUUGAAUCCUGAUCAAAAUGAUGAGAUACACAACUGGAACAACUGGAACAACUGUCACGACAGCAGAAACAUCAAACUCUCAAAAACCAGGCAAUAUUUGUCGGCUCCGUCUCACUUUGCCUGCUGAUGGAACUCAAGGACAAGGUCACAAACUUGAAGCCAAGAAUGAAAAACCACUCCAGGUUAUCUCAAAGGUUAGAACUGAAAGAAGGAGAAUAAAAAAUGGAUACAUUUCAUCUGAGAAAAAUGUUUCUGAUCCUCCAACACUUCAUCUGUACUCAAUGCCCAAAAGCAAUCCUUCCUCAGGAGGGCCGUCUCAUGGUGUGGUGUACGGAGUUGUACAAAGGGCUGAGGACAACCAUCAGAAUGAAGUUGUUGUCUAUGAAUGGUCAACUAACCAGCUUAAAGAAGAGAUGAGCUAUAUUAAAGAUGUGAGAGUAACUUUGGAAAAUAUAAGAGAGCGCAUGUUUGGUGAAUAUGAUGAAAUGAAACAAAAAAUUAAAGAACUCACACAAGAGAUGAAAGUUUCAAAUGUGCAACAAGAAGUCUUAGAGAAUCAUUCCAGGUCACAGUCUACAGCCUUGGACAGCUUUGGAACCAUGAACAGUUCUUUGACAGCAGCAUCAAUUGAAAUUCAGAAAACUCUCGUUGAUGUGACCUUGGAAAAUAGCAACAUUAAAGACGAGAUGAAAAAUUUAAAGCAUUCGUAUGAAGAGUCUGUGGAUAACCUGAAAGAAAAACAGAAGUUGUUAGAAGCUGCCAAAAAUGAAAAUCAAUUGCUAAAACUUAAGAUAGAAUCUUCUCAGGAAGCGAAUGCUGAGGUCAUGAGAGAGAUGACACGAAAACUGUAUAAUCAGUAUGAAGAAAGGUUAAAACAAGAGGAACUGAAAUACAGUGCAGAAAAAGAAGCUCUUAUUGGACAAACAAAACAAUACCUGAAAGCUAUUGAAGAUGCUAGUGAGAAGGUACGAAUUGCAGAGAUUAAGAUAGAAGAAAGAGAUACAAAGAUUGCAGAGCUGGACAAACUAGUCCAACGCAUGGAGCAGGAAAGGGAACAAUUGCAGGCUCAGCUAAUGAGACAUGAAGAACAAAUACAACGUCUGGAUGCAAAGACAAAAUUACAUUCAACAGAAUGGGAAAGGUCCCAGCAUUUAGAGGAAGCUGCAACCAGUUUGCGAGAGCGUAUCAAGCACCUGGAUGACAUGGUUCACUGCCAACAAAAGAAGGUUAAACACAUGAUUGAAGAGAUUGAACUACUAAGGAAAAAGGUCCAUUACAAAGAUCUUCUAAUUCAACAGCUACUAGAAAGGAUAUCUUUCUUGGAAGGAGAGAAUACAGAAUUACAAGACAAGAUGGAAUACUUGCUAGCAAACCAAUCAAAGAACGCCAAAGAAACCAAAGAUGUUGGAAUAUCUUGUGACAUUCCACUCAGGUUAACUUUUGAAACACCUACACAUCCAAACACCUCAAUGAGUGGCAACUCUGAAUCUGAUGCAAGAGAAAGGAACAACACUGAACUUGAUGCCAAAAGUCCUGUUCAGAGAUCGUACACACCAUACAUGAGAGUCCUAGAAUUAAGUAUGAAGAACAAAGUCUCAUAAGUACCUCUUUUUUGUUCAGGGCGAAUAACAUCACUCAAGACUUUUGUUAAAGGACCUUUUGCGUGUGUAUUUAUUUUUUAAAAAGACGCUAAAGGCGAAACUUCUUAAACUGUAUCUGCCGUGUAAAAAUAUUCACAGUAUGUAAGCUGUACAGUCUGACCAGCAAUGACAUUUAUUAAUAAAGAUUAAAAAAACAUAUCAGUAAAAAGAAAAAAAAAAGAAAAAAAGAAGAAAAAAAAACAUGGUGGGAGGUUAUAAAUGUGUAAAAAAUAUUUAAUGCAAUAGUGUAUCACAGAUGUAACACAUUUAACAAAUAAUUAUUAUUAUUUUUUUAAAAAAAAGGGUAAUUGUUAUAAAAGGUUUUAACCAGAUAUGUGUAAUAAUUAUCAUAAAAAUUGCUCAACUAUUCAACCAAAGACAUAUUGAUAUAGCACGCUGCAAAAGAUAUGUCCUAAAGGACAGUUGUGUUUUACAGGUAGCUCCUAAAGUAAAUCAGGGGCGGGACUACCAUUGGUGCAACAGGUGCAGUGGCACCAGGGCCCAAGUGUUGGGGGGGCCAUAUUAGCCAGUCUAUACAUACGUGCGCAGAAUGUAUACAAUCCCAAUGCAGGGGAGCCUUUUAUUAGUGUAGGUUGCAGGUCCAUCUAUCUAUACAGAGCAGAAUGUAUUUUAUUACUUUUGUUUUUUAUUGAGUUACCUUUGAGGUGGGGGCGGGGCAAAAAAAUCUUGCAGCAGGGUCCUCUGUUGAGCAGGUCUGCUACUUAAGUGAAUAGAAGAUCAUUCAAUUGUUGCUUAGAUGGCUAUACCACUGUAGCAGUUAUAGUGCCUAAUACUUUAGAUACAAAACGCUAUUGGCUAGAUUACAAGUGGGGGGCACAUUAAUAUGUGUACUUAUUACAAGUUGAAAAUGUAACACUCGUCAAGUUAGUGCGACUAAAGAACUUGCGUAAAGGGUUAGGGAUAAAAGUUGCACCAAUAUACAACAUAAGUACAUUAAAAUAAACAGUUACAGUUAUAUAAACACAAUCCGAUAAAAAUUUGUAAUAUUAAUAAAAAAAUAUUUAUAAGGGUUCAAAGGUACACGACAUAUGGCCAUCUAUUUGACUGCAAAGUGCUAUAAGUCCUGUAGUUAGAGUGCAUCGGGUUUCCUUGCAGCAAAAGUUUUACUUUCAACUUGUAAUACGCUCGCUAAUCAGCAUGCACAAAAUCUUUACUUCUUUAACACUCCAUUGAAAGCGUUAAAUAGCACACCACUUGUAAUCUGGCCACAUAUCAGAGGACUAAUUGUAUACAGUAAUGGUAUAUUAAGAUAAGUUACAUUUAUGUAUUUUAGUUAUUUAAAAAUACAUACUUGAUAAUUAUCUUCAGUAAUCCAUGAAAGGCUAUGUCACAGAUUCUAAAUUAAAAUAGAGGACAGCAAAGUAAUUUAUUUCUAACUUAGAUUUUUUUUUAAUUCAAAGUAAACAUAACAAGAAACAGAUUGUGCUAAAAACAGCAAACAACUUACUUGUUUUCUCAGUGUAUACACUGCCUGCAGCUAUAUAAAGGAGCUGCCAUCAUAUAACUUAAGUGCUACUGUCACAAGAUUAUUGCUGCAAAAGUCCUCUACUGAGCAUGGGUAAUAAACUGACUGCAGCUUUAAUAUGUGUCUCCUAGCAAUACUUCAUAGAACAAGUUGCUCCUUUGCCUUCCUAUAGAGGCCUCUCAGUGUACACUGUCCCUAUAAUAAAAGUUACAACAUUAAAUUGUAAUGAUAUGCAUACAUUACUCAUCAAACAAUUUUAAUAAAUAUUAGAGGACACAUUUUAUUUUCUAUUUCUUGGCUUACUUACUACAAUGUUUGUUGUGUGAUUUUUCCCAAGAAUCCUAGCCUUUAUAUGUUUGAGGAAGUCCUGAUCUGGUGUAAGUGUAUUAUGAUAUUUGACUCUCACUAUACAGACAACUAGAUCACAAUGACACACUUCAUAUACAGAUUGAGACACAACUUUAACUAAACUUUGGUUAGAACUGCUUAUAUUUGUUUAGUUGGCUUCUUGAUGUUAUUGUUGUAUUCAGAGCUUGUAUAAGGGCUACUCUCAGGCAACACAGAGGGUGCAUUUUACACACAAGUUCUGCACAGCUAUACGUUUGAUGUGUUCACCUGUCUCCUCAGCUAUCAAAUGUGCCAGAUACAAGCUUAUGUUUACACAAAUUGUAAUUUUAAGUAUUGUCUUAAGCCAUACAGAGAAUUUCUGAUCUUUCCACAUGCACUGCCUUUAUAAUUGUAAAUAUAAAGCUUUAUGAACAGUAAUACAUAAUAAAGACAUAUAUACAGUACCCACCAGUUAAGUAGACACCUAAAUUGCAACUAUAGUCUAUGUUUGCAUCAUGGUGUCAGUUUAUAUGAUGAGUAACACCAAAUAUACAAGUAUAGAUGCCUAUUGGUUAACUUAAAUUGCAAACUUGUGCUUUAUUUUCAGUUCUGAAGUACCUGAGUUUCAUAAAGUAGUUUUAUUUUAUCCAGCCAAUGUAGAACAUGCAUCACUAGGGAGAUUAAAGAAGUGUUCAACAAUACUAACACUGACAUGUUUGUGCUACAUUUUUUUCCUUUUUUAGUAAGAUUUGUAGAUUUGAUCACUCAUUUAUUUCAAAUCCUGUUUAUUUAAAUGUUAAAUAAUAUUCAAUAUGUUUUUAAGGGUGUCCCUGUUAAUGCACAGUUAGUGUUAUUUCUCUAUGCGAACUAAAAAUAAACUUGCAUGCUGUUAAAUCCUAGUUAGACCCUUUCAGUAAACAGAUUUUCAAAACACACUAACCUCAGUUCUAAUAUUGAAUGCAAGGUGCAAGGAAUUAAAGGGAUAUUAAACAGUGCUUCUUUAGUAAAAACAAAUAUGUUAGAUCAAAAUAAGCAUACAAGAAAUAGAUUGUGCAAACAACUUAGUUUUAUUGUUGUAAAAAAAGAAAUUAAGAAAUUAUUUGCAUAGCCUCUGCCCUAAGUGUAAUAAGAGAGCUGACAUCUUGGCAACUUAGUUUACAUUCUGACUGAUCUGACCAUGAGCAAAUCUGACUCCUUGUUAUCUAUUCAGUUUAAAGCAUGAGCAAAUCUGACUCCUUUUUAUCUAUUCAGUUUAUAGUAAACCAGCUCAUGUCACUCCAGAAGUUUUAGGGCUGUGGCAUGAAGUAAUGGACAUUGCACAAAUGUGGUGUAAAAAGAGAAAUAAUAGGUAAAAUCCAUUUAAAAUAAUAGAUAUUUCCAAUGCUUAGUGCUUUUUUUAUUACAAAAAUGAAACAGACUGUUUAACAUCCCUUUAAUAUGUGAAUGUUUGUUCCUGUAUCAGAAGUGUUACAAAAAUGUUCUAUUCAGUGUAUGACCAUAUAGCACUGGAAAACACAUUCAGGGGUUAUGAUAUACCUGUACCUGUUAGACGUGUACUGAAGGGAACAGAAAAGUACUUGUACUUUAUUAUUAUAUUGUUGUAAAUUAUGUAAUUUUGCUUAAAAAUGUGCAUUAAAUAUAAAACUAUUCACAACAUAGCUUCUGAUUGCAAGUGAUGGAGCAUGGACUAUUAUCUUUCAUCCAAGUGAGCCUACUAGGGCUUGGAACACAAAGUUUACCCUAGUAGAGCCUCAAAUUUACUUAGGGCUUUGCACAAUCAAAUUGUGUGGCAGUAGUUUUCUACUUUUUUUUAAAUUUCUUUAUACACCCACAGAUGACUGAUUAAAAAAAUAACUGUAUGUGACUGUACAUCCAUCUUUAGAAGCGGAAACAUUGUAUAUAAUAUAACUGCUAUCUGUAUUUAGAAUUCAUGAUGUCUAACUGAUCUAACUAUGUCAGACUAUAGAAAAUGUAUCUGUGUUUAGGAAAAUAACCAAGGAAUGUGUAAUCUGGUUAUGACCACUGAGUUUAAUUUGGGUUUUAGCCAAGAUCUUUUUGGAACCUAUUUUACUACUUCUUGUAGAAUUGAAGUGCUUAAUAAAUAUAGUUUAAUAUAGAUUGUCAGAUGCUUGGAAUUGUUUAAUACCAUAGUGUGCCUUUAAUAUAGUAUAUUUAUUCGCAACUAUGUUAAAAUUAUUGGUUUUGUUUAUGAAAAUAUAAAAAAAGUCUGUAAAUGUAAAUACUUUUCAUAGAAAUUAUAUACUGAAAACUUUGAAAAAAAAGCAUGCUGUAUGCAAACACUGCCGUAUGCCUUAAAGUUUAAUAUGCUUUUAUAUUCUAUUUAAAAACUGGUAACACUAACCAUUUCUUGUGUAUCUAUAUAUUUCAGUGUUAAAUAAAGUCAAAAUGCUUUGCACGGUGGCGUAAUAACUUAAUUGUAAAAACGGGUUUCAUGACCAAGAUUUAAUAAUGUUUUUUAUUAAACAUGUAAUAUCCUUUAAAUACACAUGCACAGUGAACAUAUUUGUAUCUAAUGUAAAAAAAUAAAUGUGUAUUUUAAAUCUGUAAACAUUACGUACUAUCUUAAAUAUAUUUCUUACAACAACAA